AUGUCCUAUCCCCCCGUCCCCCCGCCCCGCCAGUCCCACGACGCAGGGCCCUCCUCAGCCCCCGCCCGCCCGACAACCCGCCCCCGCAGCUCCACCACCCACUCUCUCACCAAACCCCGCACCCUCACCCUCCAUCCGAACAGCUCCUCGGCCAACUUGCUGUUCAACGCUCCCUCGGCUUCCCUACCCUCGGCCAGAAACAGAGCGCAUGCGAGACACCAUUCCAACUCUGACGUGGACGAACAAGCCACACCGAAGAGGCACCACCGCGCGACCUUUCUCCACGAGGAGACGUAUGAGGACACCGAGCAGGUGGACUUGCCAAACUUUGGUCAUAUGCUGGGAUUUGACGAAGGAGAAGACCAUUUUGCAGUAGCGGCUGGGAUGCGGACGAGAUGGAAAAGAAAGCUGUAUCUUUUGAUGGAAGAGCCGAGCAGCGGGCGGGAAGCGUUCUUCUUGCAUGUUCUUGUCACUGGCGCUAUCUUAUUCAGUGCAAUAUUGACGACCCUCUCAACGAUGCCCGCCUUCCACACCGAACCCCUUAUCAUCAAAGCUCUCUUUGGGCUAGAUACCACCAUCGUCGUCCUCUUCACGAUAGAAUACAUUGCCCGUUCCCUGGCCCACACCGACUCUUGGACCCACUACUAUUCUUGGGCAACGUCAUUCUUUGCCAUCAUCGACCUCGUCGCCAUCCUCCCCUACUAUGUCGAAGUCGCCCAGAACCAAGAUACCACCAUCCUCUUCCGAUUCAGCAUCCUCCGAACAUUUCGUCUACUGCGUGUCUUUCGCGCGUUCAAGUACCAGAACCAAAUGCUCCUCACGAUCGAGGUCAUGUACGUUGCGGUACGGCGAUCGCGGGACGCAUUGUACGCGUUGAUGUUCUUCAUCGUCCUUGUCCUCGUGUUGUUCGCCACGCUCAUCUACUUUGCCGAGCGGGGGACUUGGGAUGCCUCUGUAGGCUACUUUAUCGACGCAGAUGGCGAUCCUUCGGCUUUCGACUCUAUCCCCAAGACGGCGUGGUUUGCGCUGGUGACGAUGAGUACGGUGGGGUACGGAGAGGUCGUGCCAAAGUCGUUCUUGGGCAAGCUUCUGACGGUGCCGUUGUUGAUGUUUGGGCUCUUGUUGAUUGCUUUGCCGAGUUUUGUUCUGGGAAGGAAUUUUGCGAUCGUCUACGAUGCGUUUGCCAAGCAGCUGUUUCAGGGCAAUGUUUCCGUCGCCUCGUCCCCACGACAAUCACUAGACCAACCCACAUCCAUCCCAAACCCAAGCGACGACGACGUCCCUCUCCUCCCAAUAACCAACCCACCUCAAACAUCUCCUCCAUCUACCACAGUCCAUUCCAGAGCUCGCUCUGUAUCGCCCUUUCCAGGAGGUAACGCGCAGCAGGGUCAAUGGGCGGGACAAGGGGGCAGUCAGCCAAAGAUGUGGGAUGGUGGGAUGGAUGGGACUGGAGCUGCAGCUGGCGAGAGGAAGGAGAGGGAUUUGACAAAUACAAAGCUGGCAAAGAAUCAACUUGUGCUGUUGGAACAGAUUGAUUCAUUGCGACAGACGAUAGACUCACAGGGGGAGAUGCUUCGACUAUUGACCCAGGCGUUAGGUGUGCCGAACGGCGAGGGAGAAGGGGCUCGGAGAACAGGAUCCAGAAAGGGAAAGGAAAAGUCGACGGGAGGAGAGUUCAGAUUGGACGACAGUGACGACGAGUAG